UGAGAAAGGAAUCAUUUUGACUUUAACUUUGCGAAUUGAAUUAAUGAUGUCAAAUUACAAUCGAAAAUUAGAUUGCUCAUUAUUACCUUAUUAGCAGUGGACUUUUCAAAUUAUUGUCUUUAAAUUUAUGUUAAUUAAUAUCCUUAAUUACCUGAUAUGUUAUUUUACCCAGCUGGGCCAGCAGUUGUACAAAGACCAAUUUUUGCCUACUGCCCAAUUGGGAUAUUCUGCUCGAGGUUAUUUGGGCAAAGGCAGACGAAGAGCAGCAGCAUUAGUCGCCUACUACUGUUCAUUCACAGUACAAUAUUUAGUCACUCUUUUUCUGUUAAUGAGUGUCGGAUCCGAGAAAGUAGAACACAACAUCAGCACCGACCAAAGUAGCGUAAGCUCUGAGACAAGUCGCAGUCGCAAUCGCAGUCGCGGGGUGUCCCGCUGUACCAAGCCACGAAGAGCGGGGUCUUUGCAGAGGUCUAAAUCAGUCGGAAGUGUACCGAACCCUGCAUUCACUCCAGAUGGGGGGAAACCAAGUUGGGAACAUGAUUGCGUGGAGUAUUAUGGAAAAGAUGGAGAGCUUGGUGGAGUGCUUCCUGAGAAGUACAGUGUCGAUGGGGAGGCUCCCUUUUCCCCGGAGAUACACGAGAGGUCAAAUUUGAUUGUCUACAGCCAAGCACUACCGCCUUCUUAUGCGUCAUUUGAUUUUACGAAACAAGAACUGAACUGUCAAAUAAUAGAGUUGACAGACAGCGAGGACAACUAUAGGACAGGGUCCGGACUCUCGGGACGCGGCAGCUACUAUCACGUGACGGAGAAGUACGACGAAAUAGUAGACGCUGCAACUAACACCUCCACCCCCUCCGCCUAUGCCAACAUAAACAUAUCCGCCUGCGAGGCACCCGAAGGUUUCGGGCUCUUCAACUAUUAG